AUGUGGUCGUCCCAUGUAUUUUUGGUGACUCUGAAUUCCAAGAUUGCGGAGCCCGACGACGACGUCGGAAAUGUGACCAACGAAUUUGACACAUUGAAGAAAUCGUCCGGGGUUGGACGAACGUUGGACAGCAGGAUCGGUGGAAGAAUGUCGCCGAGCUACUGCAAGAUUGGCAGCUGCGACGCGAUAACCUGCUCGUCUAUCCCAAACGGAGCUAAUUCUGGAGCACUGGUGUCGAGCUUCAUCGAGAACGACUUCAAGGCUAACUGCAAGGACGAGAGUUCCGUGAAGUUGUCAUUCGACAACUGCAAAUUCCCCGAGGACACGCUUCGAAGGAACUGGCUGAGCACCAACUUGUCGAUCGAAAGGUUAGCUUUCAGCCACUGCUCCCUCAGCGAAAUAGAAGAUGACGCGUUUUCCUCGCCCAUUUACCAAGCGACGAAGAACCUCAUCCUGGUCAACAACAAACUCGUCUCUUUGCGCAGAGCGAUGUUUCGUCACCUUGAAGCGUUGGAAGAGUUGAGUAUCCAAGAGAACAUCGUGAAGUCGGCCGAACUGAAUCUGCUCGAAGACGUGGCGGGUUCUUUGACCAUCCUGGAUCUGAACCACGUUAUCCAGGAUCGAGAGGUACUUCGGAACGUAACUGGCGGAAACACCUUGUCGAAACUUCGAAUACUGUGUCUAUCGGGAAACAGCAUAUCUAUGAUCGAUGCUAGCUUGUUUGUCGGGGUACCGAUGGUGAUAUCGGUCUACCUGCACGACUCGAAUAUCGCGACAGUGUCGCAGAAUGCUCUAGACCCGAUGGCUUCAUCCAUACAGCAAAUGACGCUGUAUAAGAACCGCAUCGCUUCUCUACCAGAGGGUCUGCUAGACUCCGUGAUGAGAUCUAAUCAGCCCUUCCGAUUGCACAUACACGACAAUCCUUGGUACUGCGACUGCAGCUUGAAAUGGUUUCAGGAGCUCAUCCUGUCUUCGAAUAUAGUGGCAACUAUUCCUACCUGUGAAUCGCCUCAAACGAACGCUGGAAAACUCUUCACGACCGCGGAGUUCUGCCCCCAGUCAACCUCCACGGAACUUUCCACCUCGAUCAAAACUACCAACGACGAUUGGACAUCAACCAGCCAGACCUUGCCUAGUACCACCACCAAAAACUUCUGUAACCUGACUAUACUGCAAACCGCGAAUUCGCGUAAAUUAUUAUCAACCGAAAUGCUGCAGGUCCCAUCGAGGUUUCCCAAUUUCUACGUUUCCAAGACCUUCGACAGUAGCAUUCUGGUGAACCUGCCGAGCCUGAAGGACGGAGUCACGCUGCUCUGGUUCGACAACAAAGACGUCGACAGUUCGCUCCGCUGUGCGCGAAACGUGAAGCACUCUUAUCUGGUAAAGAAUAUCGAUCCGCAGACAACGUACACGAUCUGUUUGGUCGACGAUAACGGGUACACGGUGUCCCCGUUGAACUGUUUGGCCGUGGCUACCAAACCCACUUACAAGUUCAGAACCUGGCUGACGAACGCUGACAAAAGCUUGGUCCUGCCGUUACUGAUUUCGUUGCUGGUCCUGUUGUUCCUCGUCGGCGGUGUGCUCUCGUUCCUGCUGAUAAGGAGACACCCGUCGCUGCUACGCGGAAACAAACGCGUGAUCCUGGUGAAGCAGCGUAGCGUGGACGCCAUUGUGCUUCCGAAGGGAGUCGACAUAGACGAGAAGGAGCAGAGGCAAGCGAACACGGCCUGUUAUAUCGGCAGGUCGCCAGAGGAUGGCUACGUUACGCCUUUGCCCCCGAUCAGAGUCUGGCCACCGAGUAGAUCCAGCACGAGCAUGCAGAGCGACGGGAUUAGUUACGUGUCCAACGUGGAGCCGACGGAGUCUCAGCUAGAUUCCUGGAGGCUAAGCAGAAUGAAGAGCGAACUGGAGAAGGGGAAAUUAGUCGCUCCACCGUUACCACCUCAUCCCUGUCACUCGAUCCCUUCGGUGUCCAAAGCGGUGGACGCGAAGGACGACCGCGAAUAUCAGGCAAUCACCGUCUAA